AACCUGCUCUGCCUUGCGAGCGCAUUCAUAUUCUCGAGCCGUUGCCAGCUUCCUUCCUUCGCAACCUUUAAUCCUUUCAACCUCGGAAGAGUUUCUCCUGUGUAAUCCCUGUUCCAUUGCCAUGGGUGGCAAGUUGUUGCCUGCUGCUGCUUCGCCCCGCCUCUCGCGUGUGGCGACCUCGGGCGCGCACGGCGAGGACUCCCCUUACUUCGCCGGCUGGAGAGCCUACGACGACGACCCUUACGACGCCGUGGCCAACCCUGGCGGCGUCAUCCAGAUGGGCCUGGCCGAGAACCAGGUCUCCUUCGACCUCCUCGAGGGCUUCCUCAAGGCCCACCCGGAGGCGGCCUCGUGGGCCGGCGCCGGCGCCGGUGCCGACCCCGGCGUGGCGAGCUUCAGGGACAACGCCCUGUUCCAGGACUACCACGGCCUCAAGACCUUCCGCAAGGCGAUGGCGGAUUUCAUGGGGAAGAUAAGGGGCGGAAAGGCGAGCUUUGACCCUGACCGCAUCGUGCUCACGGCCGGCGCCACCGCUGCCAACGAGCUGCUCACGUUCAUCCUCGCCAACCCCGGCGACGCACUGCUCAUCCCCACUCCUUACUACCCGGGGUUUGAUCGGGAUUUGAGGUGGAGGACGGGGGUGAACAUCGUGCCGGUGCACUGCGACAGCUCCAACGGGUUCCAGGUCACGGCGGCCUCGCUCGAGUCCGCGUACGCGCAGGCCACGGCGUCCGGGACGCGCGUGGCCGGCGUGCUCCUGACGAACCCGUCCAACCCGCUGGGCACCACCGUGCAGCGGUCGGCCCUGGAGGACGUGCUCGACUUCGUGUCCCGGAAGGACAUCCACCUCAUCUCCGACGAGAUCUACUCCGGUUCCGUCUUCGCCUCCCCGGGCCUCGUCAGCGUGGCCGAGCUCGUCGAGUCUCGCCGCGCCCAGAACGCGCACGGCAUCGCCGAGCGCGUGCACAUCGUGUACAGCCUCUCCAAGGACCUGGGGCUCCCGGGGUUCCGCGUCGGCGUGGUCUACUCGUACAACGACGCCGUGGUGACCGCGGCCAGGCGCAUGUCCAGCUUCACGCUCGUCUCGUCCCAGACGCAGCGGACGCUCGCCGCCAUGCUCUCCGACGCCGCCUUCGUUGCCGACUACCUGCGCACGAACCGCGGCCGGCUCAAGGAGCGGCACGAGCACAUGGUGGCCGGCCUCGCGCGCGCCGGCGUGCCCUGCCUGCAAGGCAACGCCGGGCUUUUCGUCUGGAUGGACAUGCGGCGGAUGCUCGGCCAUGGCGAUCAGGGCGCCGCCACGGUGGAAGACGAGCUGAGGCUGUGGGAAUUGAUGCUGAGGGAGGUGAAGCUUAACAUCUCGCCGGGGUCGUCGUGCCAUUGCUCGGAGCCCGGGUGGUUCAGGGUGUGCUUCGCCAACAUGAGCCUGGACACGCUGGACGUUGCACUGGCCAGGAUGAGCCGUUUCAUGGACAGGUGGAGCAAGCCGCCGACAGCACGGCAGGGACAGCUAGCGCUUGACGAGUAGAACUGAUUUUGUUCUUUUCACAUUACGCCGUGAGCUAAUUGCCACUGUAAUCAGUUGGUGACAACAAUUUUGUGACUGGAUUUUUCUUCCUAAGGGAAAUGAUUCAUUACCUCCUCGGUUUUUCUAU